AUGCUGCUGCUGCUGCUGGCGGCGAGCGGGCGGCGGGUGCCGGGCGCGGCGGGCUCGCCCACCCCUCCCGGAGCUGCCUCGGCGCAGGAGACUUGCACGUCGUGCGGCUUCCGGAGGCCCCCCGAGGAGUCGGGCGCGGUGGACGGGGACUUCCUGCAGGCCGUCAAGAGGCACAUCCUGAGCCGCCUCCAGAUGCGCGACCGGCCCAACAUCACCCACGCCGUGCCCAAGGCGGCCAUGGUCACCGCCCUGCGCAAGCUCCACGCCGGCAAGGUGCGCGACGACGGCCGCGUCGAGAUCCCCAGCCUGGACGGGCAGGCCAGCGCCGGACCGCCGGCCCACGAGCAGACCUCCGAGAUCAUCAGCUUCGCCGAGACAGAUGACCUGGCCUCCUCCAGAGUGCGUCUCCACUUCUUUAUCUCCAAUGAAGGGAAUCAGAACUUGUUUGUUGUUCAGGCCAGCCUGUGGCUUUACUUGAAGCUGCUUCCGUAUGUCUUGGAGAAAGGCAGCCGGCGAAAAGUUCGAGUCAAAGUGUAUUUCCAAGACCUGGACACCAGCAACAAGUGGAAUGUGGUCGAAAAGAAAGUAGACCUCAAAAAAAGUGGUUGGCAUACAUUUCCCAUGACAGAAGCAAUCCAGGCUCUGUUUGAGAAAGGAGAAAGGAGACUGAACUUGGACAUUCAGUGUGAAGGCUGUGAAGAGUUUUCUGUGCUGCCAGUUUAUGUGGAACACGAGGAUGAAUCUCACCGGCCUUUUGUCGUGGUGCAGGCCCGGCUGGCUGACAACAAACAUCGAAUCCGGAAAAGAGGCCUGGAAUGCGAUGGCAGGACCGAUUUAUGUUGCAGGCAACAGUUUUACAUUGACUUCAGACACAUUGGGUGGAAUGACUGGAUCAUAGCGCCGUUGGGUUACUAUGGGAAUUACUGCGAGGGGAACUGCCCAAACUAUUUGGCUGGCAUCCCAGGAUCAGCUUCCUCUUUUCACACCGCAGUCGUGAAUCAGUACCGCAUACGGAAGCUGAACCCAAAUGCCGUGAACUCCUGCUGCAUCCCAACCAAACUUAGUUCCAUGUCCAUGCUGUACUUUGAUGAUGAAUACAACAUUGUGAAGAGGGACGUUCCUAAUAUGAUUGUGGAAGAAUGUGGUUGCGCCUGA